AUCGGGGGUGGCUUAUUUGUGCCCAGGCAGGGCGCCCUGGAUGUAGCUGGCGCCCGGGGACAAAGGGGAGGCGGCGGGCGGGCGCUGCGGGCGGCUUCGGGGGCACGCAAGGAGCAUCAUGGCGAGCGUGGUGGAGGAGCAGCGCCCGGCGCCUUCGGCUUGGCUGCCCGUCCUGGUGCAGGAUCCCGUUAGCUCGGCGCUGCUGGCCGCCGUGGCGCUGGCGCUGUGGCUGGGCUGGCUGCUGGGCCGCCGGCCGCCGCAGAGGCUCCCGCCGGGGCCGCAGCCUUGGCCCGUGGUCGGCAAUUUCGGUUCCGCCUUCCUGCCCGACCUGCUGGGGCGCUUGCGGCUGCAAAUCUCCGGCAAGCUGCAUUUCGGCCCGGGCGGCGAGGUGCCGCGGCGCAUCUCGCCGCACCUGCUGCUUACCGGCCUGAGCAAGAUGCACGGCAGCAUCUUCUGCUUCUUCAUGGGCAGGCGGCCCAUCGUCAUCCUCAGCGACUUCGAGGCCGUGCGCGACGCCCUGGUCAACCAGGCCGACGUCUUCAGCGACCGGCCCAACAUGCCCCUGGUGACCCUCAUCACUAAGAAAAAGGGAGUGGUGUUUGCCCCUUAUGGCCCAACAUGGAGAAAACAGAGGAAAUUCUCUCAUUCGACUCUGCGUCAUUUUGGGUUAGGAAAGCACAGCCUGGAGCCUAAAAUCAUUGAGGAAUUCAAGUAUGUGAAGGAAGAGAUUCUGAAACACGGGGAGAAGCAAUUUAACCCCUUCCCUAUUAUCAGCAACGCUGUGUCCAACGUCAUCUGCUCCAUGGCCUUCGGCAGGCGUUUUAAUUACGAUGACAUUGAGUUUAAGACCUUGCUGAGCCUCAUGUCGCGGGGUCUGGAGAUGAGCUUGAACCUCCCCAUCACGCUGGUGAAUCUCUGCCCUUGGUUCUACUACCUCCCUUUUGGCCCCUUUCGAGAAAUGAGGCAAAUUGUGAUUGACAUCACCGCUUUCCUUAAGAAAAUGAUCACCCAGCACAGGGAAAGCCUGGAUCCCCAGAAUCCCCGGGACUUCAUAGACAUGUACCUUCUUCAAGUGGAUGAGGAAAAGAAGACCGAUGGUGAAAGUAGCUUUGACGAAGACUACCUGUUCUAUAUCAUCGGGGACCUUUUCAUUGCAGGCACAGACACUACGACUAACACACUGCUCUGGAGUCUGCUGUACUUAUCACUUCACCCACAAGUGCAAGAAAAAGUCCAAGAAGAAAUUGAUUUAGUCAUUGGCCGGGAUAGGUGUCCUUCCCUUGCUGACAAGGCACGCAUGCCCUUCACGGAAGCCACCAUCAUGGAAGUUCAGAGGAUGACAGUGGUUGUCCCUCUUUCUAUUCCUCGAAUGGCAUCAGAAACUACUGUGCUUCAGGGAUACACUAUUCCUAAGGGUAGUGUAAUCUUCUGUAACUUGUGGUCCGUGCACAGAGAUCCCAAAAUAUGGACGAACCCAGACGAUUUCCACCCUGAACGGUUUCUGGAUGAAAACGGCCAGCUUCUUAAAAAGGAAACAUUCAUCCCUUUUGGAAUCGGAAAACGCGUAUGCAUGGGAGAACAGCUAGCCAAGAUGGAGCUCUUCUUGAUGUUGACGAGCCUCCUGAAAGAUUUCUCUUUCCUGUAUCCAGAGGACAUGAAGAAGCCACCAAUGGAAGGAAGAUUUGGCCUGACCUUGGCUCCCUUUCCAUACAAAAUAAUUGCCUUAAAGAGAUGAAGGCACCCCCGAGGAGAAUGCUGCAUGAAGUUUGUGUUACUUUUACGAAAUUCAGGGCUCUAUAUUAAAUGCACUUCACUAGCAAAAUCAUCAACCCCGAGCAGGGAUGGGGAGCCUGUGGCCCACAGGCUGCCCCGAAUUUAUCAAGCACUUUUCCCUUGGCAUGGGGACUGUUGAAUAAGAAUUGUGAACCUCUUUUGUGAUUGGAGGGGUGGGGUGGGGAUGAAGAUUUUUCUAAUCUUCUUUGUUGCAGAAUGAUGCAUUUUUAGAAAAUGGUGCAGAAACUCUUACUGGUAAGUAGCUUUUUAUAUCGAUUCUAAUGUACAAUGUAAUUUAACAGUGGAUUCAGAAUGAAAAAACAAAAACAAAGUAGGGGUAUAUUUGGAUUUUUUUUUUCAUAUAAGAAUCAUGAACAUCAUUUUAAAAGGACACACGGAGGGUGCCUGCAGACCUACUUUAAAAAGAGGACUCACUGCAGUUUUUCGUCAUCCAGGCUGAGCCUGGCUUCUACCCACUUUCACUGUGAAAAGAACUAAGGUACAAAGGCAGUGACUUGCCCGUCCCACCGUGCUUCGGGCAGGCAGGCUUCUUUGUUUAAGCCACUAGAAUGCAUCAUGUAUUCCAUAUUUGUGAUGGUCUGCCUUUCCCAAUCAGAAACCAUUUUUACAAUAUGGGAACAACUAUGGGUUAUUGACGGCACUGGCUUCAGCCAAUCAGAGCUGGUGCAAUCUGGUGCAAUCACACAGAACAAGCCUUUCUUGAGCUCAGUUUGGGAGAGGAGAUAAAAACAGUUUGGGAGAGGAGAUAAAAACAUUUUCCAGAAAGAGCUUACCGCUCAUAUGAUACACAUUUGUAUGCACUUGAAAUUUAUCUGAUGGAAUUACUUAGAAGUUGAUCAGUUUAUAGUGGUGACACUUGCUUCCCCCCACCCUGCAUUUGAGACUAGCCUGCAAUAUGAAUUUACAGCAGAUCCAUUCUGAACUGAAACAGAUAUAGCCAGCAACUGACCUACAGCAUCUACUCUGAUUAUAUUUGAGGAUCUGCAUACAUGCUAUGGGAAACCAUGUUUACAUGGUUCAAACUGCACUACUAUGAAAACAGGCAGUGUUUCUCUCAGCUCCACACAGUACAAAACGUGCAGAAAGAGAAACCUCACACUUGCUCUUUCUACUGUGCCGCUGUGCCUGGCAUAAAUCCUGUCUGCAUGUUCUCAAUUGCCUUUCUUUCUUCUGUCUUCAGUAAGAAUGUUACAAAAGGUAGUGCUCAUAACUACCCUGUUUCCCCGAAAAUAAAACAUAGUAGAGGUUUUGCUGAAGUGCUAAAUAUAAAGCAUCCCCCGAAAGUAAGACGUGGCAAAGUUUUUGUUUGGAAGCAUGCCCAUCGACCAGAGCAUGCAGCUGUGGAGCGGAAAAAUAAGACAUCCCCUGAAAAUAAGACAUAGUACGUCUUUGGGAGCAAAAAUUAAUAUAAGACACUGUCUUAUUUUCAGGGAAACAGGGUACAGCUAGCUUAUUUUCCGUGUUCAUGGAUUUUGUAGGCAGGCUCACAGCUUGAUCGAACUACUCAACGUGGUGGCAAUGUGUGGCUGCAUGUUCUUGUGGAAGGUGAAAUAAUUUCCAUCAGGGCCAUCUAGGAAUAUGAGAGGGCAAGAAGCCAUUUGAACGCACACAUCUCAUACACUCACAUAUCCUAGGAAGGAAAUGUCACUGCCAAAACCUUGGGCUGGCCUUCUUGGCAGGGAAGAACCCACUGCAAUGUAAAUACAGCAUUCCAUUUCUAAUUUAUUUCUAGUUAAAGGAGCCUGUGUGCUAAUGCAAAGGAGGUACAAAUCUAUUAAUCAACACUGUGCAGAUUUGAGAUACAGAAAUCUUGCAUUGUGGAGAAGCCUGGAGGGUUGCGGCAGGGGAGGGCUGAAAGUUCUGGGAUGACACCUGAAAGACUGAAACAUUCAAGAGAAAAGUUGAAAAUUGCACUUCUGAUUUUCCGCUCAAUACUGUUAAACAAAUCAGACCAAGAAGCAAACUGCACUGCAAAGCUGACAGUGCAACUUUGUAUGGCAUGUACACCUCUUAUAAUAAGGCACCAUUUUUAAAUGAUGCACUUUAUCAUUUUUGUCCAGGAUCCAAAGACGUAUAUUUCUACCUUAGGAGGCAUGAAAGGCCUCACAAAUGAUCUGUGUAGGUUGCCUGUAUUGUGCUGAUGUUUAUUCUGCCUGUUCUCCCCCACCCCCACGAAUGCCUUGUGUAGAAUUUUAAGAUGUAAGAUGUCAUUACCAUUUGAAACUACCAUUUGAGACUAUUGCUACUUUGAAAAUGUGCCUCUACUUCUACAUACAACCUGAGAAUCUGCUUCUCAGUGUGAAUCUCUUUGUCUAAAUAAACUUUUUAUUUUGAAAGCUU